UUUAUAUCAAUAGAUUUUUUGAAGAUACAGUUAGAUACAAUACAUACAACAGAUACAGUUUUUGGAAGAAAAAAAAACUUACUAAGAUGAGUGUGUGUUUGUGUGCGGGAAAACAAAUCAUAAACAUUAGAAAACUAAAAAUCGUUCCAGAUCCUAUUCAGUUGGACGCGCGGCGCGCCAAUAUUUCGUUUGAUGUGCAAAUUGAAGAAGACAUUCCACCUCUCUCCAAAGUCCAUUUGAAAGUGUGGAAGAUCCGAAGUUUUCUUGGAUUUGAAUGGAAGCACUCGACUCCAUGUCUGUUUCCCAGUGGAUGCGAUGUGGAACUCUGCUCAUUUGUUCAGAGCCUCAGUCUCAACGUAACUUUAUGCCCCGUCAAGGCCCAAGGCUUACAAAACGAUGGCCUUUCCUUUGAGAUUCCGGAAUUAGGAGGAUUCGUCAGAUGGUUUGCAUCAGGACGCUACGGGGUGGAAAUGAAAAUAUCUGGUCCAAAUUCAGAACAGUUAUCAUGUUAUUCACUGAAAGGGGAAGUGAAUGGGGGGAGGCGUUGAAUUUUAUUAUUGUUUAAAACUAUCUUUUAAUUUAAAAAAAAUGCA